AUGAAGUUUCAUUCACUCGUGUUCAUCUCUACUUGUUCCAUUAGUAUUCUUGGGGCUAAUGCAGGCAAAUGGAACAGCCAAGCACGCUCUCUUCUGUCUCCCGAGCAUCUUUCGGCCUUGGGGGCUAAUGAGGCUGCCCGUCGAGCGGACGCAAGCCGUAUCGAGACUUCAAACUUGAGAGGAGACUCACUCUCAGCUCAUUCUAUGGUGCAGAAAUGGGUGGAGAAACAGCACCGGUUGUCUUCUUCAACAGGCACUAUUCCCCAGUUGGGGGUUAGCCCCGAAUCUGAAUGGGACUACAAAGAGCACGGGGCUGACUGGACACAAGGCAAAUGCAAGACAGGUACACGCCAAUCUCCAGUUGAUCUUCAUAUUGAAGGAUUGGAGGAGCCUCCUCAGAAGAACAUGACACAGCUAUAUUUAAACGCUUUCUCUGGUGAGCGUGCAUCCAUGAUGCCGACCAAGCUCUGGAAGAAGGGGGACUUCUUCUACACGUAUCCGAACCAGCUCAGCAAUGUCUUAUUGUACAGAACAGAUAAGGUGUUUCAGAUUCGCUCUGCUGGAGAAGGACUGGUUCCCUUAGGUGCAAUGUUUGGGUCGGAUACAACCGAAAUGUUCGUAGCGCAUCAGAUUCUGUUUCAUUCCCCCAGUGAACAUACCUUCCAAGGGGAAGCUAACAGACGAGAGAUAGAGAUGCAAAUAUGGCACUACUCAAAUGACCUGUUGUCAAUGGAAGCCAGCAAAAGUGUAAAUCUCACAUCUCUACCGUACAUGGCGCUCUUCGCCCAAAGCAGCGUCAACCUGCCUGAAGUUGAACGGGUGAUGGCUGAGAACAGCAAGAGGGGAAAGGACCCUUCCCUUCCUUCAUCUCAUUGGAGAGUUAUUUCUUUGACUUUCAUGAGCGAAGAGCUAGACCAGGCCAGUCUUGAAGAACUGAGGGGCCUCCCAUCUGAAAAACUUUUGAGAACGCUGUUGAUGGCGGACGUUUCAAACAAAAACUCGCAAGGCGAUUCGGAGCUACUUGAGCUCCCUCAUCCUUUGAACCUACAGUCCCUAAUGAUGAUGUUACAGCUGACAAAUCAGGAAUUCUUUGCUUACGAUGGGAGCCACACAAUGCCUGGAUGUGAGGAGAAUGUAAGGUGGUAUGUGGCUCGCCAACCUUUGCCUGUAGCUACAGAUACCAUGUUGAGGUUCUACAAAAUGCUAAAUCCAAAGACUUUGAAAUCAGUUAAGGAAAAAGACGGAAACUUUCGCCAGCUGCAAAAUGUUGAAGGAAACAUGCACAACGACGGGAAUGUUUUCCUAGUGCAGGGCUUCCCUCUCCAGGUGCUCAUUGCAGAUAGCUUGGGAUUUACAAACAUGUCAGACCAGGCAGAGGUCAACGCCACUACCUUCCAGGGAUGGCUUCAAGAGAGCAGUGCAGCUUCUACGCCCACGCGCUUUUCCUUGUUGGUGAUUUCCGUGUCACUUCUUGCGGGUCUGCUGUUGUGA